AUGGAAAGGUUACAGAGACUGAUGAUGAACUCUAAAGUUGGAGCUGUGGAUGCAGAUCGUGACGACACUAAGGAGACAGUUUAUAUCUCAUCAAUUGCAUUACUUAAGAUGUUGAAGCAUGGUAGAGCCGGUGUGCCUAUGGAAGUCAUGGGUUUGAUGCUCGGUGAGUUCAUUGAUGAUUAUACAGUAAAUGUCGUAGAUGUCUUUGCCAUGCCACAAUCCGGUACUGGUGUGUCAGUUGAAGCUGUUGACGAUGUUUUCCAAGCUAAAAUGAUGGAUAUGUUGAAGCAAACCGGUAGAGACCAAAUGGUCGUUGGAUGGUACCAUUCACAUCCAGGGUUUGGUUGUUGGUUAUCUUCAGUCGAUGUUAACACACAAAAAUCCUUUGAACAAUUGAAUAACAGAGCUGUGGCUGUUGUCGUGGAUCCAAUUCAAUCCGUUAAGGGUAAAGUUGUCAUUGAUGCUUUCAGAUUGAUCGAUACUGGUGCUUUAAUCAAUAACCAAGAACCAAGACAAACUACUUCAAAUGCAGGCCUGAUGAAUAAAGCAAAUAUCCAAGCGCUAAUACAUGGCUUAAAUAGACAUUACUACUCACUUAAUAUUGAUUAUCGUAGAACUGCAGCUGAAACUAAAAUGUUAAUGAAUUUACAUAAGGAACAAUGGCAAUCAGGCCUGAAAAUGUACGAUUUCGAAGAAAAAGAACACAAUAAUUUAGCUGCCACUCAACAGAUGGUAAAAAUUGCAAAACUAUAUUCAAAGAGAGUUGAAGAGGAAAAAGAGUUAACUGAAACACAAUUAAAGACACGUUAUGUUGGUAAACAAGAUCCAAAGAAGCAUUUAAUCGAUACAGCAGAAAAAGUAUUAGAAGAAAAUACAGUUUCUGCUCUUACAUCAAAUGUCAAUUCAGUUGCAAUCAAAUAA